AUGGGAGCCUAUACUAUUACAGGAGGAAUGUUUAGUACAGAUUCUUAUAGUACCGUUCGCGGAGUAGAUAAGUUAAUUCCUGUGGAUAUCUAUUUGCCGGGUUGCCCUCCUAAACCAGAAGCUAUUAUAGAUGCUAUAAUAAAACUUCGUGAAAAAAUAGCUCAAGAAAUAUCUGAAGAUAGAAACGAUUUUCAACAAGGAAAGAGUUAUUUCACUAGAAAACAUAGGUUUCAUUUUGGAUCCAGUAUUCUUAUUGAAAAUAAGGAGGAGAAGUUUUUUCAUCAAUCUUAUGAAUCUCGGUUUGAGUCGACUUUAGAGAUAACUCCCAAAACAUUUGAACCCAUUUUAGAGAUAUCAUACCCUUUUAAAAAUUUGAAGAAAAUACGAGAGGUUGCUGGCGAAUGA